ACCGACAUUACCUGACUGUCGACCCUGAUCAUCGAGACCCAGGUUUAGACUUGUCGACCUCUGAAAUUAUACAAACGACGAUGACACUGAGUGCAAUCAUAUUUUCCUAUUUUUCCCCUCAAAAAAUUCGACAAACACCUGAAUUAUUCACCUGACUAUUGAAUAAUCCUGGACGUCCUGGGCAUCCUGGAGACAAUGGAGCCUCCCCCAUCGGUGGAUCAUCUCCAUCACAAGUUCGUAAAUACAACGAAAAAGCUGUUGACACUGACCCAGCACAGGGUGAACGAUAAUACAAUUGACAUCUAUCUCAGGGAACUGAAUCAGUUGAAUUAUCAGAUGUUCAUUAUUCAAGAUGAGGAUACCGUGAAAUUAUUAAUCAACAGGUUAUGCCUGAAUAUCCAGGCCCAGGAGACGUGUCUCGUCGCCAGUUACUGCAUUUUCCUUUCGAAAUUAUUGCCAGAGAUCCUUCCCCUCACCGGAAGAACACUCUCCACUCUGAAGAAGUGGCUCUACCAGAGCCUCGAGUUCUCCUCACCCUCAGCUCUAGUCCCAGUUCUCCAUGCCCUCGAGAAACUCAUCGCCACCACCCCCUGUGAGUCCAUCCUCCCCGACCUGGACCGCCUCCUGCCACCCGAAGGUCUCCUCCCCAGGUGUCUAGGUCUCACUUAUUCACCGGACACCCAGCACCUGGCCCUCACCCUGCUCCACAUGAUCCUCCAGAAAAAAACAGAAACACUUCCAGUGCCUGUUGUUCCUCUUCACCACUUGAAAACGAUAAAAAAUAUCGUUACCUCGACUCUCUUCUCCCCUCCAAGACCUCAGGACUGCUCUCUCCAUCAUUUGAGGAUCAUUUUCACCUCUCUCAGCAUCCUCACGACCCUGAUUUCCCAGGGCCUCCCCUCGAAAUUCUCCGAGCUACCAGGAGAGGCUCUCGGCAUUGCCCAAGUCUAUUUAUUCCUGGGAAUACCUGGAAUUUCACUGAUAAAACCUGAGGAGCUGCGUCCAGCUGUCAUGAAUCUUCCGGAGAGAGUGCAUCUGCCACCGAGGGGUAGAAACCCCAGAUCAAUCACCAAAUCAAAACAAAACAAGAAUAAGAAGUCGAGUAAAAAAACCGACAAUGACAAGAUACCGAUGAAUUUGGAGAGAAAAACAGGAAAGUCGAGUGAUUCUGAGACAUCAGACGGUGAAAAAUGGUCGGUGGAAAGGAUUCAGGGUAAAAUAAGGUAUCAGGCACUUCAGGUUCUCCAGGAGGUGAUGAGAGUGAUGACGAGUAAGGAGAUUUUUUGCUACUGGUCACAGAUUAUCACCAAGAGUGAAAAAUGUGGGGAGAGCAGGGGAUUGCUGAGAGUUAUUAUGAAGGAGCCAACGUGGAAGGUGCGUGGGAGUGCUCUGGGUGUUUUAACGGAUGCUGUCAUCGAUGCGAGGAUGUUCCUUACGCAUGCUGAGGAGUCUGAGGGCUCGUCGUUUAUCACGAUAUUUGGAGCUGUUGGGGGGAUGCUCAGAGAAAUUCACCUGGGGCUCGGACUGGUGUUGAGUGGCGAGGGUAACCUGGCCGUUGUCACUCAGGCCUUGAAAUGUUCAGCAGCGAUUGUCCAGGUGACACCUUAUGGCAGAAUGAAGCCCGGACUGGCCGGUAAACUUGGAAGACACUGCAGAUACUUUUUAAUUCACAAGGAUCCAACAAUACGAGUUGUAGCCCUUUCUGUUUUCGAGGCCCUUGCCAACGUCGAGUGCAUGACUCCAGAGAUUAUAGAUAUUCUAUUCAAAAAGUCUAGCGAUACGAAUCUCUCGAAAUGCCUUCAAAAUUUAGGAAUAUCGUCUUAUCAGGCACCAGGUGAUGAAGAACACUACGAGGAGAUCGAUUCCUCAGAUCUUGAAUCAUCGUUUUCACUUCCUGACACACCAGAGAGUCCAAGGGACACACCAGACUCUCCGUUUCUAGUCCAGAUCUGUCUAAAUAAUAUUUCGGAUAGGAAAAUUCACGUGCCUGUGAGACUGCAAUCGUUUAAACUACUGGGGGCCCUCAUCAAUUGUCUCGAGAGAAAUUGUCGAGAUUCUCUCAAUAUUGGGGGUGUCACGAAGCACCUGGUGGAGGCAACGGAUGAGCUUGAUCCCCAGAUCGCUCUUCAUGCCUGCAGAGUUCUCGAAAUCAUCAGCUCUAAAUUGGCUGGACAUCCUGAGGAGCAGGAAGGACUCACUCUCUUCUGGAAUAGCAUUUUUACAACUAUUCUGAGAACUUCGCAGAAUGGCGAAACCGGACUCAGAGAAGUCGCCUGCGACUGCUUCGGGACAAUCAGUAAUGAAGUAUUCACUAGAUUGUCUCUGGACAAAUCGAUAAUAAUCAAGACAACUCUUUUCGGUGCCUGCAGGGACGCCGAAUCGGCAGUCCGUGCAGCAGGUCUCCGCGCCCUGGGAAUGCUCAUAAAUCUCCCCUUCCUCGAGGAAGACACAGGUUUCCUGGAGGAUCUCACGGACAUUGUCUGCUCAUCCCUGGCUGACGAGAAUCUUGGAGUCAGAGUGAAAUCAGCCUGGGCACUUGCAAACCUCACGGACUGCCUGAUCAAACAAAUUGUCAAUGACAACGUCGAGCCGCCCUUCCCCCUGGAGCUCAUUUUACCGAAUCUUUACAGAACGAGUGUCAAAGCCGCCCAAGACAACAACAAAGUCAAGUGCAAUGCCCUGAGAGCUGUAGGAAAUGUGCUCUAUCUAGCCCAAGGAAAAAAUCUCCUGGGGGACGUUCAACCUGCUCUCAAUGUCCUCAUAUCCUCUGCUGCUGGUGGCAAUGACAUGAAGGUCCGGUGGAACGCUUGUCGCGCCCUAGGAUUCGCCAUCAGUCACGAUCCCGAUGACAUCUUCCCGCAGAACUGGAAGGACGAGGCAAUUCCUGCACUGUGCGAUCUCAUCUGUCACAGUCCAAAUUUCAAAGUCAGGACCAAUGCCGCCUGGGCUCUGGCCUCCUGCAAAUCCUACGGCAAAUAUGUGCCAUUUCUCUGGAAGAGUAUUGUUCUAGCCCUGGAGAAUUCUCAACAUGUGCCGAAUUUUGUGGAAUACACCCACAGGGAGAGCCUCGUCCAGCAGUUGUGCCUGACCCUGGGACACGUCGCUGUCAAUACUCACACUGAGGAUCUUCAUAUUCUCUGGCCAGACAUCAAGGAUCAUCUCCAGGAGAUUCAAGGUCACAUUAACAACUUCCAGGAGCGAGCACUUCCUGAGAAGACUGAUGACUUCGUCCGGGCCAAGCUCAUCCUCAAUAAUUACUCCCAGACGACGUCCCUCAACUCCAAUGACAGACACAUCGCUCACACUCUCGCCAAUUUGUUCGACAGUACAAUAUUUUAUCAUCAACUCGAUUCUAUCGUCAAUUCUCAUUGUUAAUGCAAUACAAUUUUAACCAGAACU